CCCAACAGUUGAUGAAAGAUGGCAUAGUCCUUCUUAUUAAAGUAGAGAGAGAACAAAAAUUGAACUUAAUUGCUUCAUUGCGGAGUCUCUCUGAAUCCCCCUCUUUCGCUUUCUCUCUCUGCUCAAAUCCUACGAAGGAGAAAAGCUUUGAGCUCAAAGUUAAAAGAGAAGCGGCGGAGCUGCAGCUCAGCACCACGGACAGCGAACGAUGCCGUCAUUUUCUAUCCGUUCUGGUCAAGCAGUGGAAAAAUCCUAAGAAUGUGUCGAAGAUAAAAGAGGCUUUUUCUUGGACUUACGAAGAAUUUUUAAAAAUUUUUUAUUUUUGCCUCUGUUCAAAGUAAGACGAACCCUCACUGUAUAUUUUUACUCUAUGUGCGUUAAAUGUCUCCAAAUUCCUUAAAUAUCGUAUUCCGCCAUUAUCAAAAAAAAAGGAGUAGCUUUAGCAAGGGUUUAUAAUUUAUCCUGUGAAACUCCUUUUGCAGAAUCCAGAUAUAUAAAUGUAAAUCCAAGCAGAUGCGCUGUGCGUAAAAGCGGUGACACCGCUCGGUGCAAUUCAGCUUUGGUGCGCGGCGCACUGUUCCGCUCGUCUUAUUUGGAAAUCAGAUUUUAAUAUAUGUAUUUAUUUAUCGUUAAUGAGGCUGACGUGAAGCUUCUCCAACUACACCAACCUCUCAUGUGAGAUCUAACUGUCUCUUGUUUAAGCUUAGUUAUAUUUGAGUGAAAACCUCUUUUUUACAUAAGAAAAGCAGAAAGUAGCACUUCACUGUCGCAGCUGUUUUACUUCUUUCUUUGCUCUAAAGUAAGAUCAGUACAGUAUAUUUUCGGAAUUAGGGGAAUCACAUCUGCAUGUGGAUUGUACACGAUGGACCCUCCGGACCCGUACUGGUAUCCACUCCCUCCAGAGCCCAACUCCUCUGCAGCCGCUGGCUCCCCCUUUUUCUUUCCCUCCCCUCGUCUCCUGAACGUCUCCUCCAACAUGUCCACGCAGAGUGUCCCCUUCCAGGGCAGCAGCACCCCGGUGACCGCUAUUAUCUACUUCACUGUCUUCUUGGUGGGUCUGACCGGCAACACACUGGCCAUUUACGUGGUGUUGCGCUACGCCAAGAUGAAGACCGUCACCAACAUCUACAUCCUGAACCUGGCUGUGGCCGAUGAGCUCUACAUCAUCGGACUGCCCUUCCUCACCACUCAGAACGUUCUCUCGUACUGGCCCUUUGGAUCGUUCCUCUGUCGUGUGGUGAUGACUGCGGACUCCAUGAACCAGUUCACGUCCAUCUUCUGUCUCACGGUCAUGUCCAUGGAUCGUUAUCUGGCUGUGGUCCAUCCGAUCCGUAGCACCAAAUGGAGACACCCUCGCGUGGCCAAGGUGGUGAGCGCAGCGGUCUGGGCUGUGUCCUUUAUCGUGGUCCUGCCAGUGGUCAUCUUCUCUGAUGUGCAGGACAUGUUUAACUCCUGCAAUAUGAACUGGCCGGAGCCAAAGGAUGUGUGGUCGACGGCCUUCAUUAUUUACACUGCCACAGUGGGUUUCUUUGGGCCACUGCUCGUCAUUUGCCUCUGUUACCUGCUCAUUGUUAUUAAGGUGAAGUCAUCUGGGGCCAGGGUGGGCUUCAUUAACCGCCGCCGUUCAGAGCGAAAGGUGACGCGCAUGGUGGUGGUCAUCGUGGUGGUGUUCGUGCUCUGCUGGCUGCCGUUCUACAUCAUCAACAUGGUCAACCUGGUGGUCAUCAUCCCCGAGUCCAGUGUCACUGCCGGCAUCUACUUCUUCGCUGUCAUCCUGUCCUACGCCAACUCCUGUGCAAACCCGCUGCUCUAUGGCUUUUUGUCGGAUAACUUCAAGCAAAGCUUCAGAAAGGUGCUCUGUGUUAAGGGUAUGAGGUGUGCCGCCAAUGGUGUCGAUGACGGUGACCCCAGCGCUCCACGCACAGAGAAAACUACGGCACAGGACUGCAUCCUGCUCUCCCCUCGUAACGAGGUCUACCACGACGCACAGAGCAGCCAGAUCUCACCCCACCCCACUGACUGUUUUGGCCCCCACUCUGCUGCCGACCUGAACCGCUCCACCCCUAAGUACCAGCUUUCCUCCACGUUCCCGGGAACAGCCGCUACUACGGCCGGAAACGUCUUGAUUACUUCUGAGGCACCCGAACCUCCCACUACCACAGCCCUGACCGCCGCCUCCUCUGCCUCCGUAGCUCCAGAGGAACAGCAGUGAGUGGACUCUGGGCCCCAGAGUGGGUCUACAGAAGAGAAACAAAGAGAGGCUGGACUAGCUCAUUAAGAUAUCAAACCGAAAAAAUGUUUGUUUCUUUUUCUUUCAAACUGCAAGCUCACUUUAAACAAAUUGCCACACUUCUGCUUCUCAUUGUGUGACAAACUGUUGAAGAUUUUUGUUUACCAAGCCCGACUCUUCAUUAAGCCUCCCUCUGACAUAAGUGCCUUUUCAUCAGCUCUCAGUAAUCAUCUCAUCUCCUAAAGGAAGGCAGAAACAUUCACACAAUCUUUUUGUGUGUGUGCUUUGUGUCAAGGACUCUUUUAGCUUGUAACCAUGUCUACGCUUACUAGACCCAAAUGCCUUUUACAUUCAGAGAAUAGAAUUUGUACAUCUUAUUUCAUAUAACUAACAUCAAUGUUUUAAUUUGUACUUAAUGGGGUUUUUUUUAUGCUCACACUAAUUUCUUAUCAUUUACUAUACAGUUAUGAUCAAAAGUAACAUCCUUUCAACAAGAGCAUUAAUAUCUUAUUCAGUUUGGGCUUUAAAGUUAUGAAUUUAACCUUCCUUUUUCUAUGAAGAAGUGAUUAUACAACAUGCAACUUCAUUAGUUCCACAAAUUACAACUUAUUGUGAUUUAUGUUUUUCCCUUCGUCUGCAUACUCAACAGUGACGUGCGGUGAGGUUCAUGGCUGGUGAGGAACUGGCUUAAUCAAAAAUCAUAAGACCCCCUGCAUGUUGUACAUACGGAAAUUUCGCGCAUGCGGACAACAUUGAAGGGCAAAAAGACUAUACUUUCACAUGCCAUCCAUAGCCGUGCUGCCAUGGUAGAAUAAUUCCGUUAACUCAAUGAAACUUGGAAAUAUAGAUAUUAUUUUAGUGCUAUGCUGCACAGCAAAGGGAAAAACCCGCUGAAGUACAACUCAAACGACUCGUUGCGUGUAGCUUCACUUUUUUACUGUAUGGAUGACCGGCGUGCUGUCUCUUACUCUGCAGACGCGGAGUCACAGUGUCUGGGAUCAUGAGCGCCCCCUGCCAUGAGGCAAGAGAACUGCCUACCUCACCUUGAAUCUGUUCUCUGCCAUUUCUGAUCGCUCCUCAGCACACGAAACAUGUUACACAUAGUUAGUAACAACAAGCACUGUACAUUAUAUACAUAAGAUAAAUGAUGGAAAAUCAGUUCAUAUAUUAAAAGUUUUUUAACCAUUUUAUUGGCGACGUACAAACAGGAGGAUCAUGCUCCCAUAGAAUGGCAGCCAGUGCAGUUAGCGAAAGGUUGCGCAAUCACCUGGGAUUGCGCAACUUUGUCAAAGUUUGUCAAAGUUUCAACUAUUUGACCCAAAUUCUCACCUUCUGGAGAGAGGAAACUGGUAAGGAUAUAUUAAUUAAGAUUCAUGCCUGUCAUUGAGUGGAAACUGCUGCAACACCAGUGUCUUUGUCCACAGUUGUAGUUUAUGCCAUCCAAGAAGUGCCUGCUUCAAAAUUAGCACCUUCAAAUUCAAAUGAAAAAGAAGAACUUUUGGAAAAGUCUCGGCGAGGCUUUCAAACCUAAGAACACAAAGUAGGUAAAAGAAUAGAAAGUGAUCCCAAACCCAGAUCAAAACAGGCAAACAUUCACCUCAUUUCCAAAUCAUCUACCCUAUCCUGACAAAGGAUGAACCAGCUGAAAUGCUAGUUUCUUUCCAGGAGAAUUAACCAACUAAAAUGAUCUCUCUCUUCUGAUUAAAACAUGGAUCCAAUAUUGAGCCACAAUUUGACCAGAAGCUUGUUGAUGGUAGGCUGGCCAUUGCCUUCCUGUGCUAAGUAAAAUUCUCACUUACAGAACAGUUUGUGCUUUCUACCAUUCACUUGGAUUCCCUCUGGUAGAUUUUUCUAUCGGGCCAAUCAGUGAACAGAAGAAGUUGUGAAUGAUGAUGUUGUUUUUCUGCGCUGUUUUAGAAUCGUAGUCUGCCUGUAGUUUUAGGAAUGGUAGCAGAGGAAGUGAACGAAACCGUCCAGUCAGUUUUGAUCACACUUCCAAGUAUUGAAUGAAUAUUAUCAGCCGCCCCGUUCGGUUUGGCACUUCUCUUUUCACGAUGCAGGAUGGUUGCUUAAAUCACUGGCAACUUCUGGUAAGCUUCAUACCGUCAAACUUCUGCGUUACAUACAGUACAGACCAAAGGUUUGGACACACAACUGUGUGUCCAAACCUUUGGUCUGUAUACUGUACAUCACAUCAAACGUUAGCAACUGGGUAAAAUUUAAAACAUCAACACAAUCUACACCUCCAGGAAGUUCCUCAAUAAGAGCCCAGAUCCUCUGUACAAAGUAAAUAGCAUAGGACAAGGAGCUGGUUUUUACCAGGCUGUGUUGGUGGUAACUAAAAUUUGCUUUCCUGCAAAACACUAACCAAAUUGUUGGAUGACUACUGAAAGACCACACAACAACUUAUGCCUGACUUGGGAAUAUAGGCUACAUGAUUUUUCAGACUAGCUAAAGCCAAAUGAAAAAAUCCAAUAGAAAUAAAGGUUCACAUUUGUUUUGAUGUUUUGCCUACUUCAAGUUGUCUUCUGACACUGCUCCCUGUCCUGCAGGACUUUUUUAUUGGCUGCUGACAACACCUUUGCAGAUGGGUCAGUAACCUGUUCACACUCUAUAUAUCAACUCCCAAAUGCAAUGACGUAAGAGCGUCUCUGCUGAGAUGCCAUCAUUUUGUGUAAAAAUAGAUUUCUGGGUUGGUUGAGUUAAAGACUGAGCUGAGGUCAGGGUAGUCAAAAUUUACAAUAAAUUCAAACUUGUGUACCAAAUCUUUAAAAAAAAAAAACACUAAUUGCAUGUUGUAUAAUCUUUGCUUUCCUGUAAAUUCAAACUCAAAUUAUUCACAAAAAAACCCUAAUUAAUAUAAUGCUGUCACCCAUGAUGACAUGGUGAUUUUGAUGGAUUAGCAUCUGUAUAUCUUGUGAAGUCUAAUACUGUAUAUUAUGUGUGUAUUUUUAAACCAGGCUUGUUGCUGUUUCCUACAGUGAAUGUAAUCGGUUGGCAGCUCAGAAAAAACUCAGCCAGCAUCGAACACAAAACCUCUGACCUCUUUGUGCUUUUACUCAGUUUGUUUUUUGUGUGUGUGUUUGGGGGUAAGGGAGGGGUGCUCAACUUUAUUUGUGUCUCUUACAUGGAUUUGUUUUUUUCAAAAGAUGUUUUUAAAAUCCACAAUUUCUGUGAGCACAUUGCUUCCUGGGCUAUUGGGGGCUUUAGCUUAGACUCAUUCCGCGCUAAACACUAGAUGAGGUAUUUAUCUCUUGGGCUUUACGAUCAUAUUUCCACUUGAGCUUUUAAAAAUUAUUAUAGUGGAGUUGUAACUGGGACACUAUGAGAAGGACAAUUCGUGGUAUAAUUGCAGUUCAAAUGAGUUUCAAACUCAUUAGUUUUGCAUUUGAAGCUUAAGGAUUUUCAAACUAAAUUUCUGUGAAUAAAAAUUCAAAAAACUUUUUUUUCUAGUGCUAAAUUGUGCCUGCAGUAUUGCUGUAUUGUUGUUUGUGUGUUUUGUCUCUUCUUUUAGUCAUAUCCAACAAUCAUCCUGCGUGUAAAUAUAUAAAGUUAAUUUAGGACAUCAUAUAAAGAAGGCAGAGACUUUUACUGAAAAAGCACUUUAGUGCAUAAUGUGAAAGUAGAAAAUUUUCUGAUGGAUUGUUGGGCCUUUUGUGUUUUGGAAAAAGUAAUUUUUUCAUCAGUGCAAAGAAGCUGAUUGGUCGAUAAUGAUCAAGUGGAGCCAACAAUUCAGAGAAAACGAACCAAGGUUGCUCAUCAUAAAGGCUUUUACGCACAAAUUUCUUGAAUACUUGAUAGUCAUUGUUGUGAAGAUGUACCGGUUCUUUGGAUGUCCUUGAAAUAAAACGUUUUUAAAAAUCUG